AUGGUUGAAACGCGAAAUAGCAGAGUAAAAGUAAAAGUUUCUUCCAACAGCCAAUCGCUGAAUGUUUUGAGGACUGAUUCGAGAAGUGAGACUCCUGCGCUAACCGAACCAUCGGUUAGGGCAGAAGUUGAUUAUUCCAAAAUGACUGCCAAUGAAGUUCUGAAACUUAUAAUAGAACGCAAUAAAGACCCUAUCAUAAGUCACAUGCUCGUAGCACUGAGCGAGAAAAUACCCAGGGAAUUUGCAGAUUAUUUGGAAAGUGAAAAACGUGCCCGUAGUAUCGUCAUAGCCGGUAUUGCUGAAUCAUCUGCUAACAUUUCCCCCUCGGAGCGCCAGAGUGAAUUAGAAACUAAGGUUUCUGGUGUGCUUGACGUACUCCAGGUUGAAUGUAGGGCAUCUGAGAUCUUCCGAAUUGGUAAACCUAAUCCCUCUCGACCCCGAUUAGUGAAAGUCGUCCUCCCCUCUACUGUACAUUGGCGUAAGGCGCUAGCUAACGCCCGAUUGCUUCGAAAUGCUGUGGGUAGAAGAGGUGGAGGCGUGUGUUGCAUCUUCAAGAAUUCACUUUUAAUGCGAAUGAGGCCCCAUGUAGUCGCCCCUAAAGCUGAUGUCCUUUGUGUUGACACGCUUUUCCUCUCUUCGCUAUCACCAGUGAGAUUUAUCAUUGUCUAUCGUCCACCUCGGUCAUGUACUAGCGAUGAUGACUCCCUUCUUGAUUUGCUUGCUACUCUCUCCUCCACCAACUGCAAUACAAUUGUUCUUGGCGAUCUCAAUCUUAAUAUAGACUGGGUCAACUCCACGGCUGCAAACCCUAUAUCCGGACGUUUUAUGAGGUUUUUUGGGAAUCUUGGUCUUAGCCAACUCAGUAUUGUACCACUGCCUGACUUCCUUCAUGUAGAUUAUGUUGGCCUCAAUCGUAGUCUAAGUGAAGUUGACUGGUUACAAGUAUUUGAUAAUUAUGACUCAGCCACAGAUGUUUACUGUAGAUUUUGUGGUGUGUUAUAUAAGAAACUCGCAAUAUUUGUGCCUUUCAAAAUACGACAGCCAUACUAUUGCAGAUAUCCUAGACAUAUCCAAAACCUACUUGAUCAAAAACUACGAGUUUUCAAAAAUUCUUUGAACCCACUUGAGAACACCCACUACAAACGU